AUGUCUUCUGAUGCAAUGAAUGAUGAACUGCACCGCAAGCUCUUUGCCGAGGGACUCAAGGUUCGCAAGGAAGUCCUCGGCGAUGAGUAUGUGGAAAAUGCGCUCAAGAAAGCCACACCAUUCUCCCGGCCCGGACAGGAGCUUAUUACCGAAUGGGCAUGGGGUACCGUCUGGCAGCGGCCUGGCCUUGACCGUAAGCAACGCAGUCUCUUGACUUUGGGUUUGAUCAUCGGCCAGAAGGCCUGGCUUGAGCUUGGCCUGCACACACGCGGCGCUAUCAACAACGGCGUGACGGAGCUUGAGAUUAGAGAGGCAGUCUUGCAUGCUACCGUCUACUGCGGAACGCCUUCUGGCAUUGAGGCCAUGAUAGUUACGCAGAAGACUAUCAAUGACAUGAUUGAGAAAGGAGAGUACAAGCGGCCAGAACAGUAG